AUGGGCCUGUCUUGCGGACAGAUACUACCUUCAGACAAGCUUUCUUCGCAGGAUUAUGUCGAGUUGACUCGUAUCUCCCGCAAGAAGGACGACAUUGAACAUCAUAUCGCCGAUCUGCAGAGUUGGGCAGCGUGGAAUCCUUUCAAGGACGUCUCCACCUAUUCCGCUGAUCUCGAUCGCCUCCAGCAAGCCGCCUCCACCCUCGAUGCUAUCACAAGCCAACUCAACAGCCGCAAAAGCGAAUGCAGCCGUCUCGAGCAGGAUGUGGAACAGUUCAAUUCGGAGGAUAUGAAAAGACUGCGCUCGGUCGCCAAAGCUGUCUCGAAACGUCACCUCUCUGGUCCAGACACCGAUCUCUUGGAGCUUGCACUCGAUACGGUAUUCGCACUCGAUAAGCUUCUACGUCUCUUGCGCGAGCGACGCCACGAGCACGAAUUGACAGACCUACGGCUACAGUGGGAGCGAACCGUCUGCUCAGCUUGGGCUGACGUCGCAGAUUUGCGUCUCGACAUCAAAGCCUUCGACACCAAGUGCAACACUUUGGCGGCUUCACGUUCAAGCUCUCUCGUCUCACUCCCCGGUGAGAAGACCGAACAGCAGACGAGUGAUGGAGAUCCCACACGCAUAGAUGUGCAGCAUGACCAUGCCGGCCAGCACAUCCCACGAUCGGCCAGCGCAUCCUCGAGACUGGCUCUCGAGUCUUUGAAACUCGAAUGCUCCCGCCUAGUAUUACGCAUCCGCAGUUUCGACACCGAGAAGGCUCGUCCCGCGGCCAAAUUUUUAGACCUUCUCAUAGAUCAGAGACAAGUCCCCGAGAAGUUGAUUGACGAGCAGGAGAGGCUCGAGGAUGCCCUUCCUCAACCCUCUGCCAUCGAAGCCAAGUCGUCCAAGACCCUGUCGAUGCUCCACACCUCCUCCUCAUCGGCAUUCAUCGACCACGGCCCUCACACUCCGGUAGCGGCGGCGGCCGCAAGCAUGGGCCCCGACUUGGCUGCAGAGCCCAAAGUCAGUAGACCUUCGUCGUCUACAAGCCUUUCUGUCGCAGCAAGCAUCACUCCUAGUACUCGGGACCAGCUCCCCAAGUCCAAUGACCGGCCUCGCAAAGCCUCAUCAUCGAGCCUGCAUGCGAUACCUGUCCGGCACGUCUCGAACCACUACCGCUCGAAUCCGCGCGAUGCGCUCGACGUAGCCAUCGGCGAGAUCGUCAAUCGUUUGCCCAUCUCGAUCUCGAUCAAGAAUGCCUCUCUGGCAGACAGUGCUCCUUCCUCUCGAAUAUCUGCACUCCAAGAUCUGAGCGGUCAAUACUGGGUCGGCGACCCGGACCCGCGUCUGUGCUUUUGUCGGAUUUUGCCAUCCAACACAGUCAUGGUUCGGGUCGGAGGAGGUUGGCAGGAGCUCUCCGAAUUCCUCACACAGCGUUACGCCCAUCUCAGCAUCGGAGACGUUCAAGGCACUGCAGGCCUGCCUAAGGCGAUGCCCGCAUCCAACUUGAACUGGAUGCGUUCAGCAUCUGGUCCGGUGGGCUCGCCACGCCUCAGGACGUUGUCAUCCAUCGAAUCGCUGCGUUCUCACCGGUCGAUGCGCAAAGGGAUUGCUCAACCAUCGCCGCGUGUCGUGACGAUGCCUUCCAUGAAGACUUCCUCCAACCUGACGCCCGUCAAUAAGGCCGGCGGGCAGAGCCCUUCCAUCACGGAGCCACGCCAACUUUUUGAAUUCAGGGAUCGGAGCUUCUCCUCCCCCUGCAAGACUUCUGAUCUGCCUUCCAGCGGCUCGGCAUCGUCCAUUGUCAUUCAUCCCUCCUCGCCGUCUUCGUGA